AUGGAGGCCAUUUCAAUGAUUCAAUUGAACUGUUUCAUUGGCAUCAGCGCUUUUCUGCCGAUUAUCACCGCCAAUGCGGAGAAGCGCGGCGAAAUUCUGCUUCCUUGUCCGCGGAGCUCGCCAGUCUUGCUGGACCGAUUCACCUCGACAUCAGCUCGAAGCUCCAAUUUCAUUCUCACCAUGCCAGAGUCCGAGUCUCCGAACACGACAACCUCCUCAAAUGGCUCCCAGGAUACGGGAUUCAUACCGGGAGACGACACAUGGACCCAAUGGCGCAACGUUUUCGCUAUCCUGUCGGGGAAAAUGACGGACAAAGGAAAGGAAGAAUUCCGCGUGGCAAGAGAUAUUCGGAAUGAGGCUGCGGAUUGCAAACGCUGCGAGGACCAGCGAGAUUACCUAUUACAAUGGAGCCCUGUCAUCCGCUAUUUGAGCGAUGGCAUUCGACAACUCGGAGGUGACCUUUCCAGCCACAAUAUCUACUGUCGUCGAUGCACGAAUAGAAAAGCGGGAGGAUUUGACCCGGAGUACGGAAUACUUCUCUGUGCAAACGAAAUGAAAGAUCAAGGACACCUUGAGGACACAAUGGCCCAUGAAAUGGUUCAUGCUUUUGACCAUCUCAGGUUCAAAGUCAACUGGACGGAAAAUCUUCGGCAUGCUGCCUGCACAGAGAUUCGCGCCAGUUCGCUCAGCGGUGAAUGUAGAUGGGCGCGGGAGUUCUUUCGUCGAGGCCAAUGGAAGUUCACGCAACAACAUCAGGAAUGUGUGCGAAGAAGGGCCAUUCUGUCAGUACGAGCAAGACCCACGUGUAAAGACGAGGCGCAUGCGACCAAAGUCGUCAAUGAGGUCUGGGACAGUUGUUUCCGGGACACGCGACCUUUCGAUGAGAUUUAUCGAUGA